AUGGAAAGUGGACUUCCCAUGCUUAAUUGUCUCUUGCAGCAUACACUGAGGAGCCUCUGUUCAGGCUCUGAUUCUUCUAAUUCUUCCAAGUGGGUUUAUGCUGUCUUCUGGAGGAUCUUGCCUCGGAACUACCCUCCUCCAAAGUGGGAUUAUGGAGGAAGUGCUCUUGAUCGCUCCAAAGGAAACAAAAGGAACUGGAUUCUUGUUUGGGAAGAUGGGUUCUGUGAUUUCUAUGAAUGUGAACAAGCAGGAAGUGCUUACAUAAGGGGGAGGUUUGGAGCUGAUAUCUUCUUCAAAAUGUCCCAUGAGGUCUAUAAUUAUGGAGAAGGAUUAGUGGGGAAAGUAGCAGCAGAUAGUAGUCAUAAAUGGGUGUUCAGAGAUACACCAAAUGAAGGUGACCCCAGCUUCAUUUCCUCUUGGAAUGUAACCACUGAACCUCAACCAAGGGCAUGGGAGUUUCAAUUCAAAUCAGGCAUACAGACCAUUGCACUCAUUUCUGUUAGAGAAGGCAUAAUUCAACUUGGCUCAUUUGACAAGAUAUUGGAAGAUCUCAAUCUGGUAAUCAGCAUACAGAGGAAAAUCAGCUACCUCCAGAGCAUACCAGGUGUUUUUGCCAUGCAAAGACCAUACCUACCUAUCCAACAUCCCUACAUCCUCAAACCAAAUAACCAGAUGAUUGGAGGUCAAGAAACAGCUUUAUCAGUCUAUGGCAAACGCCAAUUGACCGGGGUUAAAAGGUUGUUCAAUGAAAUGGCUGAUGAAACCCAAAUAAAUUUUGGCUGGAAUAAUCCACAAAAUGGGCUAGCAGGAUCACCCCAUUGGCCAAUUCCACCUCUUCCACCCUCCAUUUCAUGCAGCCUUGGAGCUCUUCUCUCAAAGCUACCUUCAGUCAAUUUCCAAUCCUAUAAUGCUGCUGAAGCUCCUGACACAGCUAUGCUUAUGAACAGCAACAUCAGCAACAACAACAGCAGUUGUGCAGAUCAAACACUAAAGGCUAGUUGUGGCAUUAUGAAAAUAGAGUCAUCCUGUCAUUUAGAUGUAGCUCAAGAAGAAAAGCACAGCUCCAUAAACCCUAAUCUGGGUUUGGAAAAUGGAGGAGGGGUAGACUUAGGAUUUGGACCUGUAAGAAAGGGAAAGACGUAG